UAAAUCUAAUUUGGCUCAACGACCAUCAAGGAUUCCUAGGUUUUCUGAACCCCUUCGUGUUGCCUUUUUGAAGUAUCAAAUUGCUGGCUUAACAUUGCAAUAUUUUUCCGUUAUUCAGGAAAAAAAUAACCUCCUUUCUCGACUUUCUUUCCUUAUUCAGGAAAUUAAUAAUCUUCGUUCUGAAGUUGUCACAUUAAAAGAUCACAUGAAAGUCCAAGAGGCUGCCCUUUCUGUUUCAAAUAGAGAAUUUGAAGGAUUUUUUUCUUAA